AUGACUGGACGAGCCGAGCGCCUCGCCCCCGCGUGGAGCUCAUGGCGGCGCCGUCCCUUGCCCACCAUGUCGACGCCCAAGUACGGCGAUGCCAAGUAUAUUUUCUUGACGGAUUUCGACGGCACGAUCACGCUACUUGAUUCGAAUGAUCACAUGGUCGACACUGUGGGCAUGGGCUACGCGGAACGUCGUAAGAUCAAUGAUGCCAUUGUAGCGGAAAAGAUAGGCUUCCGUGACGGAUUUCGUCAGAUGCUGGAGUCUGUCCAUCGGCCCUUCGAAGAAAUGAAAGAGCUCACACGCCGAGAUGUCAAGCUUGAUCCGGGAUUCAAAGAGUUCCACGCAUUCGCCAAAGAAAACCAUAUCCCCAUUGUCGUGGUGUCGUCUGGUAUGACGCCCAUCAUUCGAUCCAUUUUUUCGAACCUCAUUGGUGAAGAGGAAGCGAGCAAGCUGGAGAUUAUCUCGAACGAUGUCGAGUUUACCGACCCUGAAAAGAAGGGCGAUACGUGGAGCAUCGUGUACCGUCAUCCUGACAAUGUCAAUGGCCACGACAAAUCGCUGAGCAUCCUACCCUACCGCGACCUGCCGCAGCGACCCCUGCUUUUCUUCGCGGGCGAUGGUAUUUCUGACAUUUCGGCAGCGCGCCAUGCUGAUGUCCUAUUCGUGAAGGAUAAGAAAGACAACGAUCUGGCUACAUACUGCGACAAGCACAACAUUGGGUACCAUUUGUUUAAGGACUGGACCGUGCCGAAGCACAUGAUCCAGCAGUGGCUCAACGGUGACUUGACGCGUGAGCAGCUCAUCACCCGCCGUGCAUAG